AUGGAGAAAUGCAAAUCCAGAGCACGAGAACUUCUUUAUUGGCCUGGAAUGGCGCAUGACAUAGAAGACAUAGUCAUGAAAUGCACUAUAGAAGACAUAGUCAUGAAAUGCACUAUUUGUUGCAAGUACCAAAGAAAUCACAGACGUGAGGUAAUGAUUCCACACGAAAUACCCGAUGGUCGAUUUUUAAAAGUCGGCAUGGAUAUCAUGACGUUUAGAGGCAACGAUUAUCUGGUUGUUGUUGAUUACUACUCAAAAUACCCAGAAAUUAUAUCUUUGACAGAUAAGACCGCGAAAACAAUCGUGGAACACCUAAAAAGCAUGUUUGCUCGUCAUGGAAUACCGCGAGAAGUUAUAAGCGACAAUAUGCCCUUUGCAAGCAAGGAUUUCUUGGAUUUCGCAAAAUCAUGGGAUUUUAAAACCACAACGUCGAGCCCGAGAUAUCCACAAUCAAACGGUCAAGCGGAAAGAACAAUUCAAACACUAAAAAACCUACUGAAAAAGGCUUAUGAUGAUGGCAAAGACCCCUAUCUAGCAAUCUUGGAGUACAGAAACACACCUAUCUCUGAUUUACAAUAUUCACCAGUUCAAAUGUUAAUGAGUAGAAGACUGCGCACGAAGAUACCAAUACAUAAAGAUCUACUAAAACCAGAAGUGGUGGAUGCUUAUGUAGGACUAAAGAAACGACAACUAAGGCAGAAACAUUAUUAUGAUAGAGGCACUAAAGCCUUGCCACCAUUAAAGAAGGGAGAUGUUGUAGGGUAUCGAAAAGAUGGUCACUGGAAGAAAGCCAUUGUCACUAAUCGAGCGUGUGAACCUCGAUCCUAUAUCAUACGAAACGAGUUUGGUAAUUUAUUACGACGCAAUCGAAGGCAACUGAACAAUAUGCCAGGAGUCAUGGUAAACACCUACGUUGAUCACAAUGACUAUGUACCAGACACCCGAUCUAUGACGUCACAAAGUCAGACCAAUGUAAACAACAUGCCCAUAGUAAAUAAUAAUGCUUCGUCAACAGAGCAUAUAUCACGCUACGGUCGCCCAAUUGUAACGCCAGCUAAAUACCGUGAUUAUUAUGUGUAA